AUGAUCUCCCACCCGCACUCCAUCUCGCCGAACACCGUCCUGGCUAUUUUUUCUACCCCUACUUCAACCCCCUCCCCUUCUGCUCCUUCUACUUCGACGUCUACUCCUUCUCCUUCUCCUUCUCACCCUAUCCUCGUUGCACUCUCGCUCACUGACCAGCCUAUCAUCGGACAUAACCCUCACCUGCAGUACUUUCACCUCUACCCACAACAGCAACAACAGCAACAGCAGCAUCAGCAACAACUCACCCGAGAACAUCAGCAACAACUUCAGCUCCAGCAACGUCUCCUCCUUCAACAGCAACAACAGCAACAACUGCUGCAGCUUCAAAAUAUCCAGAUCCGUCAAAGGAAGCAACUCAUCGCAGAACAGCAGCAGCAUUUCCAGCAGCAACGGUCCUUGCGCUACAAAAACAAGAACUCUCUCUAA